AUUUUAAUUGCUUUAAAGAGCGAAGAGAAAGGAGGUAUAAAAGAUCAUUGAUUGUCCUCUCAGCCCCAGCUCUACUUCUGGUCUCUUUUGUUUCUUUGUCUUUUCAGUCCCCCUACCACUUGACCAACCUCGUUCAUUUAUUCAUUCGUGCAUUGUCGUUGAACGACUUCUCUUCCUGACUCUUCACUCUUCACUCUUCACAUUUUACUCCUCAUACUUCCUUUUACGACAAAACCAAAGAAAGACCAAACAAGUCCUCUUAAGCUUGCUUAUUUUAGACAAAGCCUUCCUCCCUUUCAUUUGACAAUAUCAUCAAAAUAAUCACAAUGUUUAUUCGCACAUCUAUCAUUGCAUCUGCCACCCUUGCCCUACUUGCUUCUGUGGCUCAAGUUGAAGCCCAUUCUUGGGCCGAUUGCGUUGACUGGCGUCCCAAGGACCCUCAGAAUCCAGGUUUCCGUGACAGUGAUGGAGAGUGCUUUGGCUGGGCCCGUCAAUAUCCCAUGGAUAAGACGCCGUUCGCUGCUCUUGAUAGCUCCAGCCCCAGCAGACAUUACCAACAGGACCACAUUGCCAAUCCUGUACCUUGCUCUAAUCGCAGAGCUGGUGUCGAGCCUGGUGCGGAUGAAACCCGUCAGGAUCCCAUAAGCAAGGCCUACGGUGGCAAAUUCGGAGCACAGCCCAGGGUCAAAGCAGGAGAUACGAUGUGUGUCCGCUGGCCUGCCAAGAACCACGCUGCCAAGAAUGAGCGUGAGAAGUUUGUCAGAAUCAACAUGCCUCUAGAGCUCCUAGAUAAAGAUCCAGACCAGAAAACCUUCUCCAACUCAACCAUUGCCACGAUUCCUUUCAAGAAUUGUCAUGGAGUUGAGAGCAAUCCAGAUGCUGCUCCCUGUGGAGGAUGUUUUCCUAUCCCCGCUAAUUUACAGACUGGUAACUAUGUGGUCCAGUGGCGCUGGGAGUUGAAUGAAGGUGAAUUCUAUGCGUCCUGCUGGGAUCUGGCGGUCACUGGUACAGAUCCCACCGCGCCAGGCGGCAACCAAACUGCUCCUCUUCCUCCUCCAACUCCUCUUGGUCGCUCAACCUCGGUGUUUGGCAACCUUGCAAAGAAUAUUUAAAAAGCAUCUUUUAUUUUUUUUCUUUCUUUCUCCAGCAUAAUAUCCUCUUUAUUUUUUUUCUUUACUUCUACUGUAUUUCAUAUCAUAUGGUUGCACCAUGCAAACAUCGCCAUCAUCAUCAUGUACUUAAUGCAUCUCUAUGUAAGCUCACUCGUUUUUCAUCACUAUUAACACCAAGCGAAAAAAAGGCACUUUUUGUUAAGCAUGCAAUGGGUUAAAUGAAAGAUUUUUUUAAGAAAAAGUGCGUGAGUUUAGGCAGGUUCCUCAACUCGUAAUGUUUCAAUGCUUUCAUUUUUUCCUUGUAAUGCAUGGCGAUCUUUGUGUUGAAUAGUUAAAAAAUAAAAAGAACAAUUGAAAUAAAUAAAGCAGUUGAAUGUUGUGCAGGGAC